CGGAAAGCAGCUCACCAACGCAGCAUUUUACGACAUCGGUGGUGACAGGACCUGGGAACCUCCGACAUCCUCCCCCUCAGCCGGCGAAAAGCCCAUACGAUGUUCGGGGCCGGGGACGAGGACGACACCGACUUCCUUUCGCCCAGCGGCGGUGCCAGAUUGGCCUCUCUUUUUGGACUGGAUCAGGCAACUACAGGCCAUGGAAAUGAAUUCUUCCAGUACACAGCCCCAAAGCAGCCUAAGAAAGGCCACGGAACAGCAGCAACAGGCAAGAUCAUGGAGCUACUUUGUGAAUCACAUGAGGAUAAUGGAAACCAGACAGCACCAAAACCAGCACCAACUACCACCGGCACGUCCUCAGUGCUGGUUGCAACUGCAGUUCACGCAUACCGAUACAUAAACAGUCAAUAUGUGAAGCAGGGCAAAUUUGGAGCUGCUGUUCUGGGGAACCACACAGUCAGAGAGUAUAGGAUUCUUCUUUAUAUCAGCCAGCAGCAGCCAGUUACUGUUGCUAAGAUUCAUCCAAACUUUGAGCUAACGGUCCGGCCCCAAAACUACAGCACCUUUUAUGAUGACCAAAGGCAAAACUGGUCCAUCAUGUUUGAGUCAGAGAAGGCUGCUGUGGAGUUCAGUAAACAGGUGUGCAUUGCCAAAUGGAAUAGCACUUCUUCCAUGAAUGCAGUACUGUCUCAGGACCUUGUUGUGGCAGAGGGUCCUGCUGUAGAAGCUGGAGAUUCUUUGGAAGUAGGCUAUACAGGCUGGCUCCUUCAGAAUCAUGUGCUGGGCCAGGUUUUCGACUCUACUGCCAAUAAAGAUAAGCCGCUUCGCCUGAAGUUAGGAUCAGGAAAAGUUGUUAAGGGCUGGGAGGAUGGACUGCUGGGCAUGAAGAAAGGAGGAAAGCGGUUGCUUAUUAUCCCUUCAGCCUGUGCUGCUGGCUCUGGAGGGGUAAUGGGCUGGACUCAGUCAACAGACUCAAUCCUGGUGUUUGAGGUGGAAGUUAGGCGGGUGAAGUUUUCCAGAGACUCCGGCUUUGAUGGCCACAGUGUUAGUUCCCAGGAUUCUUCAGCCCCUUCUCCCAUACCUGCUGCUGACAGCCUCUUUGCUGAUCCUGUGGUGUCACCACUCACAUUGGUGCCUUUCAAAUCAGGGGAGCCAGCUCUUUGUUCCAAAUCUAACUCCCUGAGUGAACAGCUUACAAUAAAUCCAAGUCCUGAUACAGUCAAGGCCAAGUUGAUCUCUCGGAUGGCUAAAAUGGGCCAGCCCAUGCUGCCCAUCCUUCUGCCACAGCUGGAUUCCAAUGACUCAGAAACUGAGGAUGUAAGUGCUGUUCGAGGAGCUGGGCAGUCCCUGGUGCUGCCUUCCAUCCAGCCGUCUCUUCAGCCAGUUCAUCCAGUGUUACCACAGAUGACCUCACAGGCAUCUCAGUCAUCUGUUUCUGGGCUCCAAACACCCUCUGCUGCCUUAAUGCAAGUUGCACCCCUUGAUUCUCACUCAGCUGUGUCUGGAAAUGCUCAGUCCUUCCAGCCCUAUGCAGGUGUGCAGGCCUACUCGUAUUCCCAGGCAUCCUCAGUCACCUCGCAGCUGCAGCCUGUUCGGCCCUUGUACCCAGCACCACUCUCCCAGGCUCCCCACUUUCAAGGAUCAGGUGACAUGAUGUCCUUUCUCAUGACUGAAACCCGGCAACAUAACACUGAAAUUCGAAUGGCAGUCAGCAAAAUGGCUGAUAAAAUGGAUCAUCUUGUGACUAAGGUUGAUGAGUUACAGAAGCAUAGUGCUGGCAAUUCCAUGCAUCUUCCUAGCAUGUCAGUUACCAUGGAAACAAGCAUGAUUAUGAGCAACAUCCAGCGGAUCAUUCAGGAAAAUGAAAGAUUGAAGCAGGAGCUCCUUGAGAAGAGCAACCGGAUAGAAGAACAAAAUGACAAGAUCAGUGAGCUAAUUGAACGAAAUCAGAGGUAUGUUGAACAGAGUAACCUGAUGAUGGAGAAGAGGAACAACUCACUUCAGACAGCCACAGAAAACACACAGGCAAGAGUAUUGCAUGCUGAACAAGAGAAGGCCAAGGUGACAGAAGAGUUAGCAGCAGCCACUGCACAGGUCUCUCACCUGCAGCUGAAAAUGACUGCACACCAAAAGAAGGAAACAGAGCUGCAGGUGCAGCUGACAGAAAACUUGAAGGAGACAGAUCUCCUCAGGGGCCAGCUCACCAGGCUACAAGCAGAACACUCAGAGCUCCAAGUAACUUCUCAGCAAGCAAACUCCAAAUUCAAAAGUGAAAAGCAGAGCCGGCGACAACUGGAACUCAGAGUGACAUCCCUGGAGGAAGAACUGACUGACCUCCGAGCUGAGAAGGAGUCCCUGGAAAAGAACCUCUCAGAGAGGAAAAAGAGAUCAGCUCAAGAGCGCUGCCAGGCCGAGGAGGAGAUGGAGGAGAUUCGAAAGUCAUACCAGGAGGAACUGGACAAACUUCGGCACCUCUUGAAAAAGGCUCGAGUGUCCACAGACCAAGCAGCUGCAGAACAGCUGUCUCUAGCCCAGGCUGAGCUCCAAAACCAGUGGGAAGCAAAGUGUGAGCAUCUGCUGGCCUCUGCGAAGGAUCAGCACCUGCAGCAGUACCAGGAGGUGUGCGCACAGAGAGAUGCCCACCAGCAGAAGCUGUCAUGCCUUCAGGACAAGUGCUCAGCUCUCCAGGCCCAAGUCACAGCUCUCACUGCACAGAAUGAAGAGUAUAUCCAGCAACUGGAGAGGAAUAAGUCCCAGCUGCCUAGGGGCAGAGAUGCUGCUGACCCCUCAGAGAAGGUCAAGAAGAUCAUGAACCAGGUAUUCCAGUCAUUGAGGGGAGAGUUUGAGCUGGAGGAAUCUUACAAUGGCAGGACCAUUCUGGGGACCAUCAUGAGUACAAUCAAGAUGGUGACUCUACAGCUAUUGAACCAGCAGGAGGAAGAGCAAAGAGAGAGCAGCAGUGAGGAGGAAGAGGAGGAACCUCAGAGACCUUCCCAGGAGCAUCCCGACCCAGCCACUCCUGGGCUAUCUCCAGCACCCUCAAGUGGGGAAAGGCAGGAGGCUCCCAAGGUUCUAUCAGACCACGUAAUAGGGGAGACCACUCUACUGCCUCCACAGGCUGUCCCUACACCUCAAGAUGAUGUGCAGACAAGGAAAGAGGAGCCUUCAGAAGCAAAGAUGCCUUCAGAAAUCAACAGCAGUUCCCUUCCACCUAAGCGAGCUUAUACUCCAUCCCACAGAGUCCUGGGGCCCCCAACUUCAGUCCCGCCUGAGCCUCCAGGCCCUGUAAUUAUGGACUCUGAGUGUGAGGAGAUACUUCCUGCUGGCCCAACAGCAGUGCAGCCCAAUAACCCAUUGGAAGAAGUGCAUGUCAGGGAAGUAGCCCCAGAUAGCCCACCACAAGGAAGCUCCAGGAGAUUGUCACUGACUCCAGACCCUGAGAAGGGAGAGCCACCAGCCUUAGGCCCGGAAAGCCCAGGAGGAGAGCCUCAGUCUCCAGAGCUCAAGGAAGAUGAAGGUGUCGCUACCUCUGCUGGUCCUUGUGUGGCGCUGUCAGGCGUAGAGCUUGCUUCUCCAGCUGCAAGAGCAGCCCUGAGACCCAGCCUUGACUCUCAGCACUGUGGUCUCUCUGGGGAUGAAGAGGAUGAACUAUUUAAAGGGGCAAUUCUGAAAGUUCCAAGGCCCAAAGCCCAGCCUGAGGAGGAGGAUGAAGACGAGGUGAGCAUGAAAGGACGCCCGCCCCCAACACCCCUUUUUGGAGAUGAUGAUGAUGACAAUGACAUUGACUGGCUGGGAUGAAGACCUAGGAAAUGGGUGCACAAGUUUCUCUCCCAACCCUUCCCUAAGCAUGAUUUUGCACAGCUGGCCUCAGUCUAGGCAAGCCUCAGGGUGAGGUCAAACUAAACAUUCUGAGGACACCCACAUACUCCAUCUGAAUUAGCUGCCGUCUGAGCCCUCACUUGACCUAGUGAAGAGGAUUGUGACUGUGUCUGCAGGGCUGGUGGUUGAGUACCCUGUGUUCUGCCUGGGAAUCUCAGUUGGAGGAAGGUCUGGGAGGAAGACUUGCCUGCAGCCAGUCACAAUGUCCUGCCCUCUCUCCAAGCUUUUCUUUUCAUUCACUUGCAAGACUGACCUGUGAGCCCUCCUUCUUCCACCCUCCCAGGGCUCACCUGUGCUGCAGCAACACAGCCUGUCACCUGGGGAGAGGCCUCCUUGGAGAACUGAGAGAUCAUACUGACUUGGCCUAUGGCUCAGCACAUCUAUCUUUUGUCUCUGCCUUAAAUCUUACACAAAAAGUCAAUGAGUAUUUGAAAUUAACAUGACUGAAAUAAAUGUCUAUAAUAAAACUUGA